AUGAAUAUAGGGGAGGUCCUUGGGCACAAAACACACACUGAAUCAGUUUCACAUUGCAGCUCCGGAGUUCCUGCGUGGAAGGAAAAACGAGACGUGGCGAAAUCUGCUCAGCAAACCAUGCAGGAUGAUUUACUGAUGGACAAAAACAAAGCCCAGCCUCACCAUCAGCAAGAUCCAACGCAAGUAGACCCUCCUCCCUCCACCCCGACCCCGUCAUCGGAGCCCACUUCUUCUUCAUCGGAGUCGGAGAGUCCGUCAGCCGGGAGCAACCAAGCGGCUUCAGCGCUGAGCGGCAGCAGCAGCAGCAGCAGGGAGAAAGUGCCGAUGGAGUCGCCGAUCCUGCCCGGGUUGAGCUUCCACCAGGAGACCGGCGGCCCCCUGUCCUCCCCUUCCUCUUCAUUUGGGAGCACUUGGUCCACGGGAACCACGAACACCGUGGACGAUAGCUUUUUCCAGGGAAUACCCUCCGUGAACGGAACGAUGCUUUUCCAGAACUUCCCCCACCAUGUCAACCCGGUCUUCGGGGGUAAUUUCUCCCCGCAGAUCGGUCUGGCCCCGCAGACCCAGCAGCAUCAACAGCAAGCCCCGCAGCAGCAGCAGCAGCCCCAGCAGAGGAGAUCCCCUGUCAGCCCCAGCCAAGGGCCCUUCCCCCAGAGAAACGCUUAUCAGACCAUCAUGAAUAAUAGUAAAGGGUCUUCGUCUUCUUCUGCUCCUUCGUCCGCUUGGAAUAAUCACCAAAACGCCGCAUGGAGCACAGCCUCCAACCCUUGGAGCGGGCUGCAGGCGGGCAGGGACCCGCGCAGAGCGGUGGGUGUCGGGGUAGGGGUUGGGGUAGGAGUCGGCGUUGGAGUGCCGUCACCCAUGAACCCUAUCUCCCCAAUGAAAAAACCCUAUACCAGCAAUGUUAUAGCACCCCCUAAAUUCCCAAGACCUGGACCUCUCACCCCCAAACCCUGGAUGGAGGAGAGCGCCUUCAGGACUGACAACAGCAACAACAUACUGCCUUUCCAGGACCGGAAUCGGCCCUUCGAUGCUUUUAGCUUGCACUCUUUGGAGAAUUCCUUAAUGGAUAUGAUAAGGACUGACCAUGACAAAGGUAAACCACACCCUGCCGGUGGCCCACCAAUGACUAUCGCUGAUAUUAUAUGGAGGAAUCAUUUUGCAGGACGUAUGAGCCUCAACUUCCACCACCCUGGAGCGGACCACAUAAUGCCAUUAAACAGUCGUUCCUGUCUUUUUCCCUUUGAAGACGGUUUCCUCGACGACAGCCACGGUGACCCUUCCCUGACCCCGGGCUUGAACUCACCGACCCGCUGCCAGAACGGAGAGAGGAUGGAGCGCUACUCCAGGAAAGUGUUUGUGGGAGGUCUGCCCCCUGAUAUAGAUGAAGAUGAGAUAACCAACAGUUUCCGUCGUUAUGGACACCUGGUGGUCGACUGGCCCCACAAAGCUGAGAGCAAGUCCUACUUCCCCCCUAAAGGCUACGCCUUCCUGCUGUUCCAGGAGGAGACUUCUGUUCAGGCCUUGAUCGACGCCUGCAUUGAGGAGGAUGGUAAACUCUACCUGUGUGUGUCCAGCCCCACCAUUAAGGAUAAACCGGUCCAGAUCCGUCCCUGGAACCUGAGUGACAGUGACUUUGUCAUGGACGGCUCCCAGCCUCUGGACCCCCGCAAGACCAUCUUUGUAGGGGGGGUGCCUCGGCCCCUGCGUGCAGUGGAGCUGGCUAUGAUCAUGGACAGGCUGUAUGGAGGUGUUUGCUACGCCGGCAUCGACACCGACCCGGAACUUAAGUACCCAAAGGGAGCGGGGCGUGUGGCAUUCUCCAACCAGCAGAGCUACAUCGCCGCCAUCAGCGCCCGCUUUGUCCAACUGCAGCACAAUGACAUCGACAAAAGGGUGGAGGUGAAGCCGUACGUUCUGGACGACCAGAUGUGUGAUGAGUGUCAGGGGGCUCGCUGCGGGGGGAAGUUUGCCCCCUUCUUCUGUGCCAACGUCACCUGCCUGCAGUACUACUGCGAGUACUGCUGGGCCAGCAUCCAUUCAAGGGCUGGUCGAGAGUUUCACAAGCCCCUGGUGAAGGAAGGGGGUGACCGCCCUCGACAUGUGUCCUUCCGCUGGAGCUGAGUCCAGUCCUGCACCGGGGAUCCCAUUCCCAACCCCUCAAAAAGAAAACAACCUUCUGCACCCCUCCUAUCCUACAGGCUGGGUCAGCGCUGCAACAACCCCACUCCCAUAGCCACACCUCCUCCACCUGUCUCCCCACAAACACCCUAAUGAAAAAGUAACCCGGUCUUAUAACCACGACGGUCCUCAUCUCCCCCUCCCACUCUGAACUCAGUGUGUCCCUUCUGAGGACCACUGAGGGGACACAAACAUCUAUCAGCGCAAGAUUUGCACUUUGGCACAAAAUCCCAUCAUAUAUUCAAACACACACACACACAUACACAUACACACACACACACACACACACACACACACACACACACACACACACACACACACACACACACACACACACACAACCACACACACACACACACACACACACACACAGGAUGAUCUGUUAGACACCUGUCUGCUGUUGACUGGUAGGUACUGGUGGUACGUCCUGUUGGACCCCCCCCCCCCCCCUUAAUGAGACAGAGGUGGGACCAUUUAAAUAUUUAAAAAUAUAUAACUCUAUUUUUUGUUUUCUACCUAUCUAUUCAUAUAUAGAUAAUUUAAAUUUGAUGUAAAAAGGAGCAUGCACUUAUUUUGAAAAGCUGUAGUUCUAUUGCCCCUCGUAAAGAAAACAACCAAAGGCAAAUAAAAUGAACAUAAACAGAAAAGAUAAUAGGAGGCAUAAGAUGUAGCAACAACUAUCCAGUAGUGUGAGUACAAAUAACAACAUGGCUAUAUUCACUUUCAAUUCUGACUCUGAAAAUAUUUAUACCUCAUACGCGGGUUAGUUUGCUUUUGAUUUUUAGGUUUUUAUUUUUAUAAUAACAUAAUUUUUUAGUGUUAUGUAAAUGUAAUGCUGCAAUAGCUUUGCUGCUAAAUCCAUGGUAUAAACAGAUACCAUCGUACUUUCUUCAGGCUGGGUGUAGAAUAAUCAGUAACAGCUCUAGAGAAGCAUCAACGAGCUAUCAUAGGGAGAGGGGGCGCUCCCAGACAACGAUGGCUACCUUUGUGGGGGGAGGGGUUGGGGUGGGUCGACCCUAACUGCAUGUUUAUUUCAAUCAGGUUGCUGCAUGCAAAGACUUUUCAGUAUCAUGUCUACUAUUCGACUCUGCCCAUGUUUGCACAACAAGAACGUUCGACUCGCACGAAACUGGACAGAAACACAAACGACUGGUCAGAGGAAUCAUGGCGGACCCCGCCUCACAUGACAGGAGAGAAAACAACCUUAAUAAUCACAAAUUAAAUGUAGGAUUACCAUUCAAACUGUCUCUGAUAGGUGAAGUACUUUUUUGCAGUGAUUGUUGAUAUAAUUGUGCAAUUUUUUAUACCGUAUGUAGUUAGGUGUGUAUGCCUAGAACUGUGAUUCGCUUUAACUGUCGUUAAUGUCCGACAUAGAAGUCCUGUGAAACUUCAUAACCAGUGUAUGCACACGUAUAUAUGUUCUCUUGUAAACACAAACUUGCACCAGAAUACACAGAAGCCUCUGGACACACAUGAACACACAUGAACACACACACUCGGACGGACAGCUGUCUUUCUUACGCACAUACAGAAGACAAAACAAUGUGAGCUUAACUGACGACUGAGGUCUUUUUUCGUUGUUUAUUCGUUGACAGAAGCGCACGUUUACGUCCCAGAAUGCAACCAAAGAGCUCACACGUUUGAUUUUUAACAGACAACCUCCACUAAGGGGAGGAGGAGGAGGAGGAGGAGGAAGAAGAGGAAGGGGCUGCAAUGCUCCUCCUGCCUCCUACAGAGGAGCUGAGGGAGCAUGCGAUUA